AUGACAUCCAAAACAUCCCUGUUAAAAGUCAUCCUUCUUGGUGAUGGUGGUGUUGGGAAGAGCUCCAUCAUGAAUCGAUAUGUCACCAAUAAAUUUGAUGCCCAUCUUUUUCACACUAUUGGAGUUGAAUUCCUCAACAAGGAUUUGGAGGUUGACGGCCACCAGGUAACCCUGCAGAUCUGGGAUACUGCAGAUGACAACCAGAGUUUUCUUAAUUUGUGCAAUUGGAAGAAGGAGUUCAUUUAUUACGCUGAUGUCAAGGAACCAGAGAAGUUUCCAUUUGUGGUUUUGGGAAACAAAGUCGAUGUGACGGAGAGACAAGUGUCCACUGAAGAGGCACAGCAAUGGUGCCAGGAGAAUGGUGACUUCCCUUAUUAUGAGACUAGUGCCAAGGAUGCCACAAAUGUCGCUAUAGCGUUUGAAGAGGCAGUACGGCGGGUAUUGGCAAUGGAGGAACGCACAGACCACCUUAUUCCUUCAGAUACUGUCAAGCUUCACAGAAAGCCUCGCUCUGCUGCCACUUGCUGUUCAUAA